UCAAUACAAACAGUUCUGACAGUAAUUUUGUACACAUCUAAAGCAAUAAAAACAAUUUUAAAUUUGAAAAUCAACCAAAUAGCGACUGGAUCUAAAACUGGAUCUAAAUCUCAUACCUCAGUUGUCUCCCCCUAGAUUUUUGCGUGCAUUGAAAAUAGGAAUACAGCCUCAGCCUGUAGUUCUUUCUCUGAUAGUAUUUAAUAUUGCUGCAAAUCUUCUGUUCUUUUGCUCAAAUGUUAUCUUCUUCUAAAAUGAUGUCUGCGGUGAGACAAGUCCGUGGCAUCUGCAGCUCAUCACUAAGAUUGAGCGAUAAUCUUUUCGUUCACCGUGAUACCGCAGAAGAUAAUCCGAAUAUUCCAUUUGAGUUCACCGCAGAGAACAUAAAGAGAGUGAAGGCUAUCCUGAAUAUUUAUCCGGAAGGCCACAAGCGUGGUGCUAUGAUUCCACUUCUGGAUUUGGCACAACGUCAACAUGGCUGGUUGCCCAUUUCUGCUAUGCAUAAAGUUGCAGAUAUUUUGGAUUUGCCGAACAUGAGAGUAUAUGAAGUGGCCACCUUCUACACUAUGUUUAUGCGCAAACCAACUGGAACGUACCAUAUCCAAGUGUGUACUACAACACCCUGCUGGUUGCGUGGGUCGGAUAAAAUAAUGGACAAAUGUAAGGCGAAUCUUGGUAUUGGGCCUGGUGAGACUACUAAAGAUGGCAAAUUUACUAUUUCGGAAGUGGAAUGCUUAGGAGCUUGUGUAAAUGCUCCAAUGAUUGCGGUCAACGAUGAUUACUAUGAAGAUUUAACAGCAAAAGAUACUGAAGAAAUUUUAGAUGACUUGAAGAAAGGUAAGGUGCCAAGACCCGGACCGAAGAACGGACGCUUUGCUUCGGAACCAUUUGGUGGAUUGACAUCUUUAACAGAAGAACCAAAAGGUCCUGGAUUUGGACUGCAGGCAGGAUUGUAAAAUAGUGAUGUUAUUAAGAAGUUCAACAUUGUUAAAAAUAAUGACAAACUAGGGUGUUAUAACAUGUUAUAAGGCAACCUUUAUUACACCUUUAUGCCUUGUUCAGAUUAAAGAGCUAUAACAUGUUAUAAUAAUUAUCGACUAGAAAAAUGUCAUCAAGAUAGGCUUAUAACAUGUUAUAACUGCUCAUUCUGGGCAGUGUUUUAUAACAUUAUAAAACUCCAAUUUGAACAACGCAUUAAGCAUGAAAUACAACCGAUGAAAUUGAAUUAUAUCUAAUUUUCAUA